AUGACUGUAGGUAUAACAGAGGCUUACAUUAUUGUCAGAAUCUGCCAUUCGGCCAAAAAGCGGGAGACUCAACCUUUGAUAUGUAAUAAGAGCAUAGUUAGCGCCGCCAAUUAUAUUGGGCCAAUUAGCGCGCCGAAGCAGCCAAAAGGGGCUCAGACAAAAGAGGAACGCAAACGCAGAGCACCAAUCUAUAUUAGGGCUCAGCUCAGUUCCGACACGAACUCUGUGAAUUUCCAAUACGUCGAUGGAAAAUGCCGGCUCGUUUCCACCUCCCUAGGCAGCUAUAUUACAAGAGAAUCCGGCCUAAAUCAAGCGACUAUGAAUUUUCUAGCGAUGUACCAGUUGGACCACUACAGCAUUAACACAAUUCAUGAGUAUAAUAUGUCAAUUGCUAUAUUCUUUGCAAGAGGCCUAUUAAAGCACUGGGUAGCGGGCAACCCAGUGCAUACGUCGCCGAAUGAAGACGAUAUGAAUCUUGUUCCAUUUCAGCUAUGCCGCAAUAUCGACGAUGACACAAGGGCUUUGAAAAUGCUACAGGAACUCCCUGCUCCAACGCUCUUUUAA